AUGCUAGAGCUUAUAAACACCGAAGAAAUCCGCCGGUACUCAUCCACGGCGGUGCUGGGACAUGGAAUUCACGAUCGUGUCUCCAAGACCACUUACUCACACUUCCAUGGCGCUAGAACACUUUGUGGCUUUGUCGAGGUGUCAAGACUAGAUGCUCCGGAAUUGGUCCUGGAAACCCUCGCAGCUGAGAUAUUUGAGUUAGCAAUACUAGGCGCUGUGGAAGCAGAACGUCGAAACAAAUUCGAUGGAUCGCCCCGUUCGCUCCUUUUUACUGUGUUAAUGUUAAUACUUUCAUCCCUACCAACUCACCUCCCGUUUCCUUUUGGAAGAAGAUUUCCUACGGCUUUACCAUCUACUAAAAUGACUGAUAACCAACGCGAGCAACAUGAGAGUGCACAUAGAUGGGGAGAUGUCUUGGACAAGGAGAUUCACAGCCUGCCAAACCUAUCUGACUCUGACCUUCGGGAUCUUCUAUCAACACCGCAAGAAGAUAGACAUUCUAGAAGACUCAAAUUCGACCCUACAGUGGCUUUCAGAUACAUUCCACGAGAAUUCAAAGGACAGGAAAUAAAAUUCGAUCUAGCCUUAAGUCACCUUAAAACCCGCCUUAAUGAUACUCUUUUUAAUCGAUUACGUGCAAUCCCGGGGUAUUUCUACAAGUUGAGAGAGAAAGAAAAAGACGAUAAUAAAUUUGUCAUCUAUUAACGACGAGGAAAAGACUUUAGGUUGCCUGAAUUUCUCCAAGAUCUCCCUACACGUAUUAUUCGCGAAUCAAUUGUUGAUCCACGAGGUUUAAAUAUGAAGGUACAGAAUCCAUCAACAGUGCAGAAUCUAUCGAUGAUUCAGAAUCCAUUGAUGGUUUGGAACCUAUCACUAUCGAUAGAGGAUGUAAGUUAUAUCCCGCAUCCUCUAUUUCAUAAAUCCUGGGUCGGAAUUCGUCUUUGGCACUCUAGGAUUUGUCGCAAGUCUUUUUCAGAAAAAUGAGAAAAAACAUAUUCUUGUUACCAUUGCGCAUAUCCUAGAU